AUGAAAUUGUUUUCCAGCCUUUCUCAAUCGAGGGCUCAUCGGAUAAGCAAGUGCACUUCUUCCUCGUUUUAUUCUUGCACAGGAUUAGUCAAAAGAAAUGACCUUUCAUCAAUUACUUCAAAUAAUAAUCAUCAGCUUCUAAAUAACAAUUAUGCUCAAUUUCAUAAUAAUUUUGUGAUCGGAGAAUCAAUCAAAGAACGGAGAAGAAAGGAGUACGAACAACACACGAGCAAAAAGUAUCUCCACACAAGCGGAGAUGAAUCUGUUCUAAAAGGUUACAAGCCAGUCAUUGGUCUUGAAAUUCAUGCUCAAAUUAUAUCCAAUAGCAAAUUGUUUUCAUCAGGCUCAACACAAUUUACAAACUCCAUGCCCAAUGUGAAUGUCACCCUGUUUGACGCCUCCUUUCCCGGAACUUUGCCAAUUUUAAAUGAAUUUUGCAUAAGACAGGCUGUAAAAACAGGUUUAGCGAUUGGAGGCAAAGUGAAUCUAUAUUCCCAAUUUGAUAGAAAGCACUACUUUUAUCCAGAUCUUCCUCUUGGAUAUCAAAUCACACAGCAGUUUUAUCCAUUAAUAUCGGAAGGAAAAGUUAGAAUUGACAUUCCACAAGGAGAUGGUACUUACCAAGCAAAGUAUAUCAGAAUUGCUAGAAUUCAAGUAGAGCAAGAUUCUGGAAAAUCUGUUCAUGAUGUUGACUAUACAUUAAUCGAUUUGAACAGAGCUGGAAAUCCUUUAAUGGAAAUUAUUACCUAUCCUGACAUCAGCUCAAGUUUGGAAGCAGAAUUAUUUGUGAAAAAGCUACAAUUCUUGUUGCGAUAUAUUGGAACUUGUGAUGGAAAUAUGGAAGAAGGUAGCUUAAGAUGUGAUGUCAAUGUUUCGGUUUACAAUGCGAGCGCCAAUGAACACCCACUUAGUGGUACGAGAUGUGAGGUAAAAAACAUAUCGAGUGCAAAUAAUAUUCCUCGAGCUAUUGAUUUUGAGAUUAAGAGGCACAUUGAUUUGUUAACGAGUGGACAAAAAGUAGAACAGCAAACUCGAACGUUCGAUGCUAAAAAAGGUGAAACCAUUCUUUUAAGAAGUAAGGAGAAUAUUCCUGAUUACAAAUUUUUCCCUGAUCCAGAUCUACCGUAUGUGGAACUGACAGAGGAAUAUGUGCAAGAUGUUGCCAAAUCUAUUACCUCUCUUCCAGAUCAAGUUAUUGAAAGGUUGACAAGUGAACCUUACAAUCUUACAUUUUAUGAUGCCAAUGUUCUCCUAACAACAGAAGGUGGUGUUGAAUUUUUCGAAGGUAUCUUGAAUGAUAAACGAUGGAGAUCAGAGAAAAUGAAUCCCAAGUUAGUUGCAAAUUGGAUCGCCAGUGAGUUAAUGGGCCUUCUAAACACUGCUGGUUUAUCUUUAAAAGAGAGUCCUGUAUCUUUUAUUCAAAUUGGAUCCAUUGUGGAUGCCAUUCAAUGUGAGGACAUUUCAGGAAAGAUGGCCAAGAAAAUUAUCAAGAUCAUGUUCGAUGAAAAGAGUGGAGAAAUGGCAAAUGACAUUGCUGAAAAGCAUGGAUGGAAGCAAAUUACAGAUAGAGACACAAUUUCCUCAUGGUGUGUGCAAGUCAUUGAACAAUAUCCAAAGGAGGUUGAGUCCAUUAAGAAGGGAAAAGACAAUUCCUUCCCAUUCCUUGUUGCUCAGGUGAUGAAACUUUCAAAAGGAAACGCCUCUCCUACAUUGGUGAAUCAAAUACUCAGAGAGAAAAUGCAAUAA